AUGUCGGCGGCCCCGACCCGUUGCCCGCCUCACGGUCUCAUGCCCGAGCGGCCGAGCGGCCGGGCGCCCGCAGUGACAGCACAAGCGGAGGAGGCAGCGGCGGAGGUGGAACGCUGGGAAGUGCAGUUCGCCCGCGAGGCCCCUGCCGACGGGACUCGGCAAACGAACUACAAGGCCCGGCGUGCAUUGCGCAACUGCGGGCCUGCGGCCUCGGAGAAGAGGCGGAGCGAGAGGAGGAGGAGAGCCCGCAGUAUCCCGGACGGCGGUGCUCGGAACGCGACCAGGAGGGCGACGCGGCGGCUGCAGCUAUGGGCGCUGGGCCUGCGGGGGCGCGGAGGGGGCUCGAGGAACUGCCGGGCGGGGCUGGAGAGACUGCCGCCGGGACUGGCCCUCGACGCUGAGCCGCGGUGGGGUCUCCGCCGGCGCUGCGAGGGCCUGUGAGCUCGAGCGAGGCGCAUCGGAGGAGCCGGGCAGUCCCCGGCCACCUCAAGAUCGAGAGGACCCUGUGGGCACAUCUGGGGGUGCCUGGACCCGCCGGGUACGUUUCAGGGGCCGGGGCGCGUCCUCAGAGGCCGCCGCACACCGGCGGGGCAACCGCCGGGGCCCAGCGCCGCCUGGGUCGAGCCCCCGGGGCGCCCCUGGAUGGCUGAGCUGCCCCCUUGCCGGCCGCCCGGGCGCCGCAGUGGCUGA